AUUAAAAUUCAUCAGACAAUCCACACAGGAGAGAAACCGUAUAGCUGUGAUGAAUGUGGGAAGAGUUUUACUUAUUCAUCCAGCUUGAUAACACACCGGAGAACACACACCGGAGAGAAACCCUAUAGCUGUACUCAAUGUGGGAAGAGUUUUUCUCAUUUUGAUACAUCUAGCCAUCUUAUUGUACACCAGAGAAUACACACAGGAGAGAAACCUUUUAGCUGUGAUCAGUGUGGGAAGAGUUUUGUUCAAUCUAGCCAUCUGAAGAUACACCAGAAAACACACACAGGAGAGAAGCCUUUUAGCUGUGAUCAAUGUGGGAAGAGUUUUGUUCAGUCUAGUGAUCUGACAGUACACCAGAGAACACACACAGGAGAGAAACCUUAUAGCUGUGAUCAAUGUGGGAAGAGUUUUGUUACAUCUAGCAGUCUGACUAUACACCAGAGAACACACACAGGAGAGAAACCUUAUAGCUGUAAUCAAUGUGGGAAAAGUUUUACUCAGCAAAGCAACCUGAUAUCACACCAGCGAACACACACAGGAGAGAAACCAUAUAGCUGUGAUCAAUGUGGGAAGAGUUUUGUUCAAUCUAGCCAUCUGAAGAGACACCAGAGAACACACACAGGAGAGAAACCUUUUAGCUGUACUCAAUGUGGGAAGUGUUUUGUUCAAUCUAGUGAUCUGACAGUACACCAGAGAACACACACAGGAGAGAAACCGUAUAGCUGUAAUCAAUGUGGGAAGAGUUUUGUUCAUUCUGGAAAUCUGACGUUGCACCAGAGAUCACACACAGGAGAGAAAUCUGAUAGCUGUGACCAUUGAUAAUCUGAUAAA